GAUGUGCGCCGUUAGCGAACCAUUUGAAGAGGAAAAAUGUUUUAUCUUCAACGAAUUCCAGCACUUCGAUGAGGUACUUUCGUGCAUCAAGUCCAUCAGAAAUGCAACUAAAGACGUCGUCAGUGAGGAACGACUAUACGAGGAGCUUAAGCGUAAUUGGUAUCUUCAACCUGUACCAAGAACAACCUCAUUUGCUGGAUCCCUGUUUAGAACGGCUCAUUUCAGAAUGCCUAGUUAUUGUCCAUUCCUUCAAUGAUGACCCAAAUGCGUUCCACUUUGCUUUCCGUGUGCUGCAUUUGAUGGUCAAGACUCGAGGAUACAAGUCGAUUAUCCGCUUGAUGCCUCAUACAGUUGAAUAUAUCGAGCCGGUCUUGAGUUUGCUCGUUUCUCAGGAUAUCAAUGAUCCCAAGACAUGGGAAACUCGUUAUGUGCUUCUACUUUGGCUAUCUAUCCUGGCAUUGGUACCAUUUAAGUUGACAUCUCUGGAUUCAAACGAUCAAGAGCCCAUUACAGAACGCAUACUCGAUCAGUCUAAGCGGUAUUUGAGCCACGAUACGCGUAUUCAGGAACCAGCUUCAUUUUUGUUGGCCCGCCUCGUGACUCGACCUGACAUUGUGCAAACUCACCUUCAUCCAACUGUUUCAUGGUGCCUGGAACAACUUCUUUCGGCUGAUUAUAAAACUAGCCAUGGCCUACUCCUAGUGUGUGGGUUACUACGUGCAGUUGCGAACAUAUGUAAAAUCGGCCGUCGGAAUGAGGUUCUGCCGCUGGCACCCGUCAUCUUGCAUACCGUGUCGCAGAUCCCAUGCACCGCGAAUAAGGGAACUCUUCUCAGCCAUUUGGAGACGAAACUGCUGCAGCGCGUUGGUCUUUUGUUUUGCCCGCCUCGCUCCAUGAAAUGGCAGUAUCAACGGGGAUGUCGGUCUCUGGCUGAUAAUUUGGUAUCACAACUCAUGCACCAUUCGAGUUCCAAAUCUAUGCUGGCUUCCGAUUCAGGCUCUUCGGAUACAAUACGGAAGCAAGAUGAGGUCACUGAAUCCCUUGAUAUACCUCUUGCAGAGGAAGAGGAUGACCUUUACUUGGAGCAUGCAGAUAAAGUCGCAGAUGUGAUAGACCGUCUUCUGAAUGCGUUGCGAAACCAGUACACUGUGGUUCGAUGGUCUGCCGCUAAGGGACUUGGGCGCAUGUGCAGUCGCAUGGGAAGCUCAAUGCUGAACGAUGUCGUGUCCGCCCUCUUGGUCCUGUGCACUCGCGUGGAGCCCUUCUCCUCAUGGCACGGCGCUUGUUUGGCCCUCGCUGAAUUGGGGCGUCGUAGUCUACUUCUGCCGUCCAAGUUGCCUGAGGUUAUACCAGUCAUCAUGAGGGCCUUAUUUUACGACGAACGUUCCGGUGAUCACAGCUAUGGAUCCAAUGUGCGAGACGCUGCAUGCUAUCUUUGCUGGUCUUUUGCUCGCGCUUAUCGCGCUCAAGACUUCUCAGCAUAUGUCAACCAAGUGGCCACUGCCUUGUUACUAGUCAGUCUGUUUGAUCGUGAAGUCAAUGUAAGGAGGGCCGCAGCUGCGGCCUUUCAGGAGAAUGUCGGACGCCAGGGCCAAUUCCCUCAUGGCAUAGAUAUAAUCACAACCUGUGAUUAUUUUGCCUUGCGAAACAGAAAUAGCUGUUUUCUAGAUUUGAGCGUCUUCGUUGCUCAAUUCGCAGAGUACACGAUACCAAUGAUCGACCAUCUUUCCGACCAGCUGCUUGGCCAUUGGGAUGGCAGUAUGCGAUUGCUUGCCGCUCGAGCCUUGAACGCGCUUUAUCCGUUCGCCGACGAUUAUAUGAGGCAAACAGUUUUACCAAAGCUUAUUCACAAUUCCACCGAGGCCACAUUGUACAAGAAGCACGGGAAUAUCCUUGGAACUGCUGAACUGAUAUCCGCUAUGAAAGGUUCGGUGAUCGAUGCACAGUGUUUAUCUGGUGUCAAGAAGCUCGUGCCCACGUUAUCCGAUCGUAAUCAGUUCCGUGGCGUCAGUGGGGGUCUUCUCCGGAGGGCUGUUUGCCACUUGAUAGAAAAGUCCUCUUGGGCCAAAGUUCACAUACAUGAAGAUCCAACAGUAGAUUCGUGGCGGGCUUUCUUGGAUGACUGUAUGGACCAUAAGGAGCUGGAAGUACAGACUGCAGCAAGAGACGCAUACCCAGCUCUGCUGGCUGCCUAUCUAUACACGGACCAAGGUGUAUUGCGGGUCGAGUAUCGUGAUAUGAUUCUUCCACACAUGUUAUCCCAGCUGGACUCUGUCCUUGAGGCUCGCGUUGCUGGGUACUUACACGUGCUCGGACACGCACCCAGCGAUCUGUUUUCUGGCAACGUGGGUUAUGUGUUGGGAAAAAUUGCAGCCUGUUGCCGAAUCACCCCAAAGAGCCGCAGUUGGGGUGAGGCUAGGGCAAAUGGCUUGAGCGCGCUUGUGGGCGUCUGUGAACAACUGGGACGUGGACAUCCAGAACUGGAUUCCUCCAUAUUCGGCAUAAUCGGUCCGGUAUUGGUACACUCCUUGUCUGACUACACGGUGGACUCUCGGGGUGACAUUGGAUCACAAGUACGUGAAGCUGGUAUGAAGAAUUUGCAUCGACUGUUCAGUUUUAUGACAACCAGUGGCUACGAAGACCUCAUCCAGCCUCGUCUUGUGAAAGACGCGGUCGUCGGAAUCGCUCAGCAGGCGGUGGAGAAGAUUGACAGGACCCGCGGGAUCGCCGGUCAGUCGUUUGCUUCCAUAUUGCAUCACGACCCACCUAUUCCUCACGUCCCAAUGGAGGACACUCUAAAACGUGUGUUUUGCAAGGAGGAUUGCGAUCUGAUCGUUUGGCGUUCUGCCAGACAAACCUUUCCGAAAUUUAUUCAAUUGCUCGAUUUGCGCGACUUCCGUUUCCAUCUGAUUCUGGGUUUGGCGGUCAGCAUCGGUGGACUGACAGAAGACACUGUGUUAUCCAGUACGGAAGCGCUCACGAACUAUCUUAUCUCCCACGAAGCCGAUCAGCCGUUGUUGGAUGAUUUCAUGUCAGUUACAGAACAAGUUUUUUACGCAUUUUCCCACGACGACCGAGUUGUCAUACCCUUGUUCCGAUUCGUCGACUUCUUGUUGAACAAUCCGGUAAUUUGCUCAACUACAAGUCCAGAAAGCCCAAUUCUUCUUCAUCUAGCUGAGGGCAUUUGGACGGAGAGCAAAUCAACGAAAGAUGUCCAUCGCCUUAAAGCAGCCAUCGAUGUCUUCGGUGGAAUGCUUCAGUUUGAGGGUCCCAUUCGGAAACAGACCAUUCACUAUCUCUUCAUUCUGCUGGGUCACCGCUACCCCAUCGUUCGCAAAUCUUCCGCCACGAAAUUGUAUGAGUGUUUGUCAGUCUACGAAUUGGCAGAGCCCGAUGCCAUGGAAAAAGCUCUCAAUCUUCUGAUCGAAACUAUUUGGGAAUCCGAAUUGGACGUUGUGCGGCCUAUUAGAAAUGAACUAUGUGAAUUACUCAGGUGCCCCGUACCCACUCAGAUCCAGAGCAAAACUUCUGCAGAUAACACCUGCGUUAUGAAUGGGCUGGAAAGUGACACAGCGUAA